AUUUCCGAAACAUGCUGAACGGAAGGAAGAAGCAUGUGUCCUUUGAUUGUUGAAGGUGAAGAAAGAGUCGAUCGUGAUAAAGACCAGUGACGAAAAGAACAGACCGCGCCCAUAGAAAGCACCAUCUUACUUACAGUAAUGUACAGGGAACUGCCAGCAUUAACAAAUGGCGAGGUCGCAACACCCUCAGUGCCAGCAUGGGAUGUUGACAUAAUCCAUCCCCCAACACCCGCAGUGCCAACAUGGGAUGUUGACAUAAUCCAUCCCCCAACACCCGCAGUGCCAGCUUGGGAUGUUGACAUAAUCCAUCCCCCAACACCCGCAGUGCCAACAUGGGAUGUUGACAUAAUCCAUCCCCCAACACCCGCAGUGCCAGCGUGGGAUGUUGACAUAAUCCAUCCCCCAACACCCGCAGUGCCAGCGUGGGAUGUUGACAUAAUCCAUCCCCCAACACCCGCAGUGCCAACAUGGGAUGUUGACAUAAUCCAUCCCCCAACACCCGCAGUGCCAACAUGGGAUGUUGACAUAAUCCAUCCCCCAACAUCUGCCACACCACCACUGAACGGUACAUUCUUGUCCAAUGACUACUUCAGGGAAGAAAUGAACUCGGCAUUUAAUGGUUUCAACUCUCCUCAUUUUCUUCCACUGAACGCUGCAACAGCAACUACAGUAGCAAAACAAAUCUACAGGGAAAUAAACUCGGUAUUUAACUCACCUGAUUUUCUUCAACCGAACUUAGGCAUGUUUCAAUCACCAGGGUAUGCAGUACCAACCCCAAAAAUAGCAUCGGUAUCGUCUUGUGGCGCUCGUAUAAAUGAAGAAUCAGAUUCGGCACAUGGGUAUUCUAACUCACCGGCUUUUUGUAGACCGAAUUAUGAACAGCAUUAUACUGAGAGAAUGCCACCGUUUCCCAGCAAUCAAACGACCGAGAUAACUGAUGAGACCGAAUUGUCCAACGCCAUAGGUCAACUAAAGCACCUGUACGGCACUCAACCGACUUUUGAAACAUCGUGUGAAGGACCGCCCCACAACAGACUCUACAUUUGCCGUGUCACACUACACGGCAGGACGACAGAAGGAACAGCCAGGACCAGUAAAUUGGCCAGCAGAAUAGCAGCGGCAAAAAUGUUGAAAGUAAUGUCACCAGCUAAGGUCCCUGACCAUACGGGCAGUAAAAGUGGAGCCUACAAGAUCAGCUGUGAGCGGACUAUAGUGCAUGAAAAGUUUACAGUCACUGUGGACACAAGAGAAGAACAAAUGGAAUGUGAAUAAGGGAGACAGAUCACAAAAGUUCACCUGAAUUAAAAAUAUAACUAUAUACAU